AUGUUGUCUGAGAACUUGUGGAAUCGACUCGGUCAGUUUGCUCUGGGUACCACACUGUAUGUGUUCAUCACACCAAGCACGUCGCCCAGCUCAGUUUCACAGUUUGUCCUGUACAUGUUCAGGGAUGACUCGGCCGUUGAAGAGAACACCAGGAUCCUUGUGAGAGACAGAAACCUUGACCUCAUGACAACUUACUCUUGUAUAUCCUUGGCCUUGUCUCAUGUGUCAACAUUUGUGGAGGAUCUGAGCUUAACUCACGUGGCCCGAAUUUAUGCUGUGCUGGAAAGAGAUUGGGAAGAUGAUUCUCAAAUCAGCAGCUGGG